AUGAAAAUACCUUUUUAUUUCCUUCCACAGAUCACUUUCUAUGAGGAUCACAACUUCCAGGGUCGCUCUUAUGAGUGCACCACAGAAUGCCCUGAUAUGACCUCAUACUUUCGCCACUGCAAUUCCAUCCGAGUGGCAAGUGGAAACUGGAUAUUAUAUGAGCAUCCUCACUAUAGAGGACACCAGUAUUAUCUUAGCAGAGGAGAAUACCCUGAAUUUCAGCAAUGGAUGGGCUUAAAUGACUCGAUUAGAUCCUGUCGUCUGAGCCCUCAGCACCAUGGCUCAUUCAGAGUAAAGGUCUAUGAGAGAGAGGAUUUCCGAGGUCGGAUGAUGGAAUUUACUGAAGAUUGUCCCCAGGUUUUUGAAAGGUUCAAGUUUCAUGACAUCUACUCCUGCUUUGUUCUUGACGGAUAUUGGAUGUUCUAUGAAGAGCCCUACUACAGAGGACAUCAGUAUUACUUGAGACCUGGGGAGUAUAGAAGAUAUACCGACUGGGGAGCCAUGACUCCCAGAGUCGGAUCCUUCAGAAGAGUCCACUAUUUUUCAUAAGAAUUCAAUACUGAAUUCAAUAAAAGUAAAUUCAAUAAAAGUCUUACUUUUGUUUAUAAAA